AGCUUCUGAUAUUAUCGAUAGAAACUCGCGUAUGCAACCAACAUAAGGUUGCGAACUUACACUUACAAAUCUUUUGUGAAACAAAUCCCUGCUCCUGUCGAAAAGUGUGAGCGUCCAUGGUUUCACGAUCCAGAUUUGGAUUCAAGCAGCUGAAUAAAAGGGUCUAAAUCCACUUGCAAACGCCCUAGUAGAAUUGGUGGAUAGUCCUAAAUCCUAAUGGCUUUAACAAAUCUGAUCCCAGCCCGUUUCCUGUGCCUAAUUGCUCAUCUGGUUAUCACUGUCACUCUCAUAUGGUCACGGGAUGCUAAUGUACGAGCCUGCCUACCUGAAACCUACACAGAUACAGAGUACAAUUCAGUAGAUGUGGCGUUGAUCAUUGGCCUGUCUCUGAGUAUCGUAUUCUUGGUCAUUGAGAUUAUUGGCUUUAUGUCUGGUGUCUCAAUGUUCAUUCAUCCAGUUGGUCUUCUCUCCACUACCUGCCAUGCGAGUGCCGCCAUUGCUCUAUCCUUCUAUCUCUUUGAGGAGUGGCCAUGCUACAUAUUCUGGUAUAUCUUUGGAUUCUGCAGCGCAUUUCCAGCCUUAGUUGAGAUAGCGGUUUUGAUAGCUGUGCUGGGCCUCAAGAAAGUCAGGUGAUGAUGUCACAUGACUUCAUGAUGAUAUCAGGUGAUCUUCAGCAUAAACUGAAUCUACUGACAUAACUGACUCUUUAGAAAGGAUGUGUCUUGAUAUGACUGUUAUAGAGGUUUAAUCUCUUUGAUGUGAUAGCAGAAAAUCAGAUGAUGAUGUCACAUGACUUCAGUAUGUCAGGUGACCGGUUCAGUUCAGCACAUUGAAUUGAUUGCCAGAACUGACAUGCAUGGAAAGCCCAUCGUAAUUCAACAAGUUAGCAUGUUUCUGAUGAAUGUGUCUUGAUAGAAAGUCAGGUGAUAUUGUCGUGUGACUAAGUCAGGUGAUCAUCCUAUAGAGCUUGAUGUUGCAAUUGGAGUAUUGGUCACUGCACUGUACUUGUACUGGAAUUAAUCAGAUGAUAUGAGAUCAUCCUAAGAUUAGAGAAUUUUGAAAUUGUCAAAAGUGAGGGAAGGGAAUGGAUGCCUUGACUAAACAUUGCCAUUGGAAUAUUGAUCACUAUGCUUACAUGAGGUAGAUAAAACCUCCCUGCCUACAUGUAGACUGGAGGCAGUCAGGUGUUUAGUUACAUGUCUUCAGAUAGUCAGGUGAUCAUCCCAAGAUUAGGGAAAAAUUAAACCACUGAUAAAACUGAGAGAGAGGAGAAAAAUGCAUGCUAAACGUUGCCAUUGAAGUACUGGGGAGGUUUCACUAACAUUUUUAUUUGACAAGAUGUCAGAUCUGACAACUUCCCUUGAUUUUGAUUGGCUGAGAAGCAAUUUUACUAGGACAACUGUUGGAUGAAAAUAGGACUAUGAAAUGUUCCUCAGAUCUACUGGAGUCUACAAUCAGAUGAUACAAUCACAUGACUCAGAAAGAUGGGUGAUCAUCUUAUUAAAGAUGAAGGAAAUUGAAAAAAACUGUACAUGUAUAAAUUGAGAGAAGAGCAAGUUAAUAUAGACUUGAUAUUGUAUUCAGAAGAUUUAGGAUUAGUCAGGUGAUGAUGUCACAUGACUAGGGUGUCAUGUUAUAUCUUUACAGCAAUAUCUUUAUACCAAUUUGCCUGAAGUUAUAUCGGAAAAUAUACCUCUAGUUACUUGGAAGUUGCUGUGUUUAUUAUAAUUGGAGGAUAUCCAUUGAUGAUAUUGUAAACUGUCAAAAAUUGAAUCAAUGUUUAACAGUUUUAAAAAGAUUUACUGGUGAUAGUUAUUGAAUCAGAUAGUGCUAGAUUUUAAAUUCCUUGUUGAAUUUGAAUGCAUGAACUAAUUAAUUCUUUUGAAAUAAAACUGCACAAGUAAGUGCUUGAGUGAUCUCUACCUGUUAGUACUACUGAAACUAUGAACGAUUGGUAAUUAUUAAAAAUGAAUUUUUUAUACAAUUAAAAUCUUUAAAAAUAUAUUUUCACCUUGAAUAAUUAAUGUAUGUCUUGAAGAAACCUUGCUGAAAUUGUAGAUCGUAUUUCUUCUGUUGUGAUGUUAUUCUGUGAUUAAAAUAUACACUUAACUUUAUUAUU